UGAGGCGUGCUAUGAAAAGUGAUGAGUAGUAACAGGUGAUAUCAGAGCUCAACAGAGUGCAGUGUCGGAAUAAAACCUUCCAUCAUUUUCUCGUGAUUCACCAACUCAACAUUCUCUUCUUUUUAUUCACUCACCUUCCACUCUUACCUCACGCGUCAUUUCUCAUACCACUUUCCACGCGCUAUUCUCUGUUCUUCUUAGGGUUUUUCUCAAUUCAUCUCUCAGCGUUACUUUCCUCUCACAUUCAUCAUCCUUGCAUGCUACACUACAAUGUCCUCCUCCGUCGAUCGUUUCGCUCUUCCAUGUUUUGAGGGUUUUUCUGGUAGUGAUGAGAAAAGAGAAAGGAGAUCUGAUUUUGAGAACUCUGAGGACGAGAGAAGGACUAGAAUGGGGUCGCUUAAGAAGAAAGCUCUUCACGCUUCUUCUAAGCUUAAACAUUCUCUUAAGAAGAAAGGUGGCAGGACGAAAAGCGAUGGCAGAGUUAGUUCUGUUUCCAUUGAGGAUAUUCGUGAUGUCGAAGAGCUUCAAGCUGUUGAUGCGUUUCGCCAGUCGUUGAUCCUCGAUGAAUUGCUUCCUCAAAAGCAUGAUGAUUAUCAUAUGAUGUUAAGAUUUCUUAAAGCGAGGAAGUUUGAUAUUGAAAAAGCUAAGCAUAUGUGGGCUGAUAUGCUACAAUGGAGGAAGGAUUUUGGUGCGGAUACGAUCAUGGAGGAAUUUGAGUUCAAAGAAAUAAAUGAAGUAGUCAAGUAUUAUCCACAUGGUCAUCAUGGUGUUGAUAAGGAGGGAAGGCCUGUUUACAUUGAAAGACUUGGAAAAGUGGAUCCAAACAAACUUAUGCAAGUUACAACUAUGGAUAGAUAUGUCAAGUACCACGUAAGGGAGUUUGAGAAAUCUUUUGCAAUAAAGUUUCCUGCUUGCACUAUUGCUUCUAAGAGGCACAUAGAUUCAAGCACUACAAUCUUAGAUGUUCAAGGCGUGGGCCUUAAGAACUUUUCAAAAGCUGCCCGCGAACUCAUUACGCGGUUACAAAAGAUUGACGGUGACAAUUAUCCGGAGACUCUAUGCCAAAUGUUUAUCAUAAAUGCUGGCCCUGGGUUUAGGAUGCUGUGGAGCAGUGUCAAAUCUUUUCUUGAUCCCAAAACAACUUCGAAGAUUCAUGUUCUUGGGAACAAAUACCAAAGCAAAUUGCUUGAAGUAAUCAAUGCAAGCGAGUUGCCAGAAUUUUUGGGAGGUAGCUGCACAUGUUUAGAUCAGGGAGGUUGCCUCAGAUCCGAUAAAGGCCCCUGGAAUAACCCUGAAAUUAAGAAGAUGAUUCUAAGUGGUGAAGCUAAGCGGCCAAGGCAAGUGGUAAAAGUUUUAAACAGUGAGGGAAAGGUUAUUGCAUAUGCUAAGCCACGAGGCCCAAUGGUAAAAGGCAGUGAUACAUCCACAGCGGAAUCGGGGUCUGAAGCUGAAGACAUAGCUUCUCCAAAAGCGAUGAAAAGUUACUCAAACCUAAGGUUGACUCCUGUUCGUGAGGAAUCAAAGGUAGUUGGAAAGUCAAGCUAUGCUGUUAGUGGUAACUUAGCUGGGUAUGAUGAGUACAUUCCAAUGGUAGACAAAGCUGUUGAUGCUGUCUGGAAGAAACAAGCAUCGCUCCAGACGUUACCUAGUAGAAAAGGAACCCCCCUUCCUGACACUCCAAAGCCACCAGAAAGUAUUCAAGCUCGGAUUUGGAUAGCUCUCUCAUUUUUCUUUUUGACUAUGUUUACUUUCUUCCAUUCACUUGCAUGGCAUGUCACCAAGAAACUUCCAUCAGUAUCAUUCAAUAAGAGUACUUCAGAGCUAACUCUUGAUACCACAAACAAGUCCCCAACUCCAUCAAAUACAAAGACAAGUGCCUUAUCCUCCAUGAUGAAAAGGUUAACUGAGCUCGAAGAGAAGGUUGACAUGCUAAAGUCUAAGCCAUCUGAGAUGCCUUGGCAGAAAGCAGAAUUACUAAAUGCUGCUGUCUGCCGGGUGGAUGGUUUGGAGGCAGAGCUAAUUGCAACUAAAAAGGCUCUCUACGAAGCGUUAAUGAGGCAAGAAGAGUUGCUUGCUUACAUUGAUAGUCAAGAAGAAGCUAAGUUGCGGCGGAAGAAGUCUUGCUGGUGAGUUUUGUUGAUGCUUAUAGAGCGACUCUGGAGGGGAGGGUGGUGAUGUAAACCUUGAAAAUUGAUUUUAAAUUUUGAGUAAACUCAAUGAAGAAUUGUUUCAAACUCGUGUAUAGUUAGGAAGACUACUUUGAUCAAAACAAGCUUUGACUA